AUGGAACUCGUCGUGUACUUCUCUGCGUUGCUGUCCGUAGCUGCAGCUAUUCUACAUUUCCAGCUCGAGGACUGCAACAACAGUCCGAACAAGAUCGUGCACCUUGCUAAUGCGCACCUGAGCAAAGACCCCGUGCACAUCCCGGGACCGGAAACAGGGGACGUCGAUCUUCAGAUCCUACAUCCAAUUAACGGAAGUUACGCUCUAAACGUUCAUGUUCAGCGCAAAGUGCUCUUCGCAUUUAUUGAAGUUCCCUGCAUAUCAAACAUCGGAAGCUGUACUUACGACCUUUGCGACCUUUUGAGCGGAAAAUAUUUCGACAAUCCGCAGCACUGUCCCGUGGAGAUCGUGUCCUCCACUCCCAACUUCCCCUGCACAUGCCCCUUUGCAGCUGGCAACUACCACCUCAACCCAACAACCUUCCAGAUCCCCGAGAUCAGCGGGGUCCUCCAGUGGCUCGCAGAGGGUGACUACAAAGUGCAUGUAACGGUCACCAAUCGCCUCUCUGGGGAAGAAGUGGCUUGCUACAACUUCCAGAUCUCCACAGAGGCUGACUGUUCUGGCUUAGGCUGCCUGUUCGGAAGAAAAAGAUAA